AUUUGUGUAGUCAUCGGAAGCUGUUCAAUAUACGUCCGUUGGAACAGCUGCAAACGAAAGAAAGAAAGGAAAAUCACGAAAGAAAAAGUUCAUCUCGUUUGACUAACUAUGUCAAGAAUGCGCGGUUUGAAAACAUGUAACUGUCACAACGAGCGUAUUUUUCGAGCGUUUUUGGUACAAUGUAAAUCAGUGUUGUCUGGUACAAUAUCUCGUUUGAAUUGAAGAAAUUUCUGUUUACGGCGAAUUCGGUAUUUAGCAUAUAUGCUUUUUUACUUUCGUUGAGUUUGGUGUUUUUAUUUCUCACGCUCGCAGAUUUAAAUAGGCCAAAAAUGUUGGUGAAUUCUUGUGAUCCGAGCAUUGAGAAGCAUCUCAAAGGACACAAGGAUGCCAUUACAGGCAUACGUUUUCAUCCGGAUACAGACAAAGUUGCAACGAGCAGUCUGGACCGCACAUUAAUGAUUUUCAAUAUUACAUCCACCGUUAGAGCUUAUCGUUUUUUUGGUCAUAAAGAUGCUGUACUUGACUUGGAUUAUGCACCUUCGGGAGAAAUUGUUGCCAGUGCUUCAAGAGAUAGAUCUGUUAGAAUUUUAGUUCCUACUAUUAAAGGAGAGUCACUAGAUUUCAGAGCUCACACAGGAACAGUUAGAUCUGUUCAAUUCAGCCCUGAUGGAGAAAAGUUAAUAACAGCUUCAGACGAUAAAAGCAUUAAACUGUGGAUGCUUUGCAGACGAAGGUUCCUUUCUUCUUUUGUAGGACAUACAAAUUGGGUACGUCGAGCACGCUUUUCUCCUGAUGGCAGAACAAUAGUAUCUUGCGGUGAUGACAAAACCAUAAAGAUUUGGGAAGUUUCUAGUGGAAAAUGUGUCAGGACAUUCACAGAACUCAAAGGUGCUGCUGUGGACGUUGAAUUUCAUCCUAGCGGAGUAGCCAUAGGAUCUGCAAAUGCGAAUGGUUGUGUCAAAAUCUACGAAUUAAGAACAGCUUCGCUCCAUCAACAUUAUGCUAUUCACAGGGGUACCGUUAACAAAGCAACUUUCCAUCCUAGUGGAAAUUUCAUGAUAACUGCCUCUGAAGAUUCUACUAUGAAGAUCCUCGAUUUGCUCGAAGGGCGUCCAAUUUAUACAUUGAAAGGUCACUGCGGCGCGGUGUCGACCGUAUCAUUUUCGUGCAACGGAGAUUUCUUUGCUUCUGGUGGGGUCGAUCAUGAAUUGCUCGUUUGGAAAUCAAAUUUCGAUCGCGAUCAAGCUGCACUAAAAAAUCCAAGAAGUGUUUACUCACCAGGAGCAAAAUUCAAGUUGGAUGAUGAAUACUCGAAAAAUGAUGAAACCCGAGAUGAAAGAGAAGGAGAACAACGAAGAAGUGUUUCUGAGGUCGAUACCCAGGAAGCAGCGAUUGCCGAUGAAGUUGAGACUUUAUCUGAAUGUAAGGAGAACUCCGUAGUGAGGGAUGUUAUCGACGAAGAAAAAAGUGAAAAAGAAUUGAAUGCAGAAGUACCGAGUGGACGUUGUCAAGUUGAAGUGAUUAACCUUAGGAAUAUCAGGCCACGUGAAACUGGUCGAAUCGCCAAUCUCAAGUUUCCGCCACAGAAUCAAACACUUAACACUUCGGUUGAUGCAAUUCUUGAACAGGUAGACUCCUUACGAGAUACGAUAUCAACAUUGGAACAAAGAAUAACGAGUGUAGAGAACGGUCUAAAAACUGAAGAGAUCGUAGAAGCAAAAUCAACGGAGGUGCCUUAAGCUGUAAAAUACUCAAUAAUUGGGAAAGUAAAUUCCCCUCUUAAGUUUACUCUAAGCAGGCUAGUCUUUCUUUUCUAUUAAACUGAAAUAAUGAAAGGUCAUGAAUUUUAUUUAUAAACGAAAUAAAGUGAUGUCGGGAUUUUUUUUUCUAUAGAUUCGUCGUCAAUUCUAAUCAUUUUGUCACAAUUUUUUUCUAACUUGUAUUCAUUUAAUCAACGUACAUUAAACGCUCAUAUUUUGUCUUCUGUAAA